AGUAAAUCUGGCUUUGGCCUAUACUGAACUAACUGAGGAGUUGGGCAAGCUACAGGCUCUGACCUCGAAACAGACAGAGAUAUUGCGAAAAGCCUCACAGGAGCCGGCAAGCCCAGUUCAGCGCCACUCUCCUGUCCCUCACCAGAGGCAUUCUCCUGUUCCACAGCGACAUUCCCCAAUCCAACAGCGGCAUUCCCCUAUUCAACAGCGUCAUUCUCCUAUUCCCCAGCGACGCUCCCCUGUUCUGCAGCGUCUCUCUCCGGACAUGCACCGUCGCUCACCUCUGCCUGAGCUCAGCAACGGCCCCGCAUCCUAUUCCUGCAGGCCCACUUCCCACCACUUGAGGGCCAGUUUCCAGGGAAGACGCAGUUACUCUGAAGUAGCCGAUCCGUCGGCUUAUCAACGGCCCCCGCGGUUCACUCUGGACCCGGUGUCCACUUUGCCGAAACCUCGACCAUAUGUCGACAGCUACCACAAGCAGCAGCAGCAGCAACAACAACAGCAACAUGGAGGAAGCCAACACAUGUUAGUUCAAAGACAGAGCUCUCAGUCCGGGGUUGGAGGUGAUGGGGGAUUGGCUGAAUCUCCUCGGCUGACCAGGGAGCUGUCUUUCCACCACUCGGAUGUUUCCCACUUGCAUUUUGAGCCUCAGCACAGCCCAGCACCUCUGCAUCCAUCUCCACAGCCUCCACAGUCCUCAGAGGAUGAGGAGGAAUGGUCCUGCCCUCAUCCCAUCAGUCCUCCACGAACACUGGGGAUGUCGAGCCCCUCAUCAAUCUCCAGAGGCCCCGCCUCUUGUUCUGCUUUCCCCAUUCCUUCCCAUCCCAACACCCUAAGCUGUCACCCACCUGGAUACCUGCACGCAGAGCAUGCCCAGUCUUGGCCAUCCAUCAAUCUGUGGAUGGAGACGGAGGAGGAGGGUGACGUCAGGAGCUGCCCACUGUGCCAGCUAAUCUUCCCUGUUGGUUACCCUGAUGAUGCCUUGAUCAAGCACAUUGACUCGCACCUGGAGAACAGCAAGAUCUGACACCCACAGCCACGCCAUGACCUUCUGUUGUUCCACAGUUACAUUCACUCUUUGAUCCCGGUAUUUUUAGCUGGGUGCCUUCAGACAGAAUGUAGGCGAUGCACCUGUGGCCAUUCUCACAAUUUGGCUCAUAUAUCUAUAUAUCUUGCUGCUUUUCAACAAAAUUCUUGAAAAAUUGUAACUUUCUUUUUUAAACACUGUUUGUCAGCAAUUACACGCACGAAACCAAACUGACUGAGCAUACUGCAAUACUCUCAUUUCAGCUUUUAACUACAGUUCCCAUGAUUAUUUGCAUUAUUUACACUUCAAUGUGGUCAUAUUAGACAUAUGGACAAUGGUUGCAUUAUUUGAAUUUCAGCACUUUAUAUAAGCACUUAAUAUCCAGUUUACCUUGAUCAAUAUUACUAACACGGAGGCAAAAAAGUAAAACCUUAUAGAUAUAAUUUAUUUUUUAAUACUCCAGGGUCUUACCCUUAAAUAUAUCUUAGUUUGGCAGGACUUCCCUUUAACACAACUGGAUUAUUUGUAAUUAUCUGUAAAUUCACAAUCACAUCUAUUUUGUUUGUCUUCCGGGCGUUUGGCUGUACAAAAAGAGACGAUUUUUAUUUAAAAUAUUCUUAAAGAAUUUCCUCUCAUAAUAUACAUAAUGAUUGCAGCUCUGUGCACACCGUUUUAGCCAACCACUAACAAAACACCAGUUACUGUUGUUUCUAAAGACUUGAUUUCCAUAGUACACUUAGACAGUGGAUGGUUUUGAUCAUUUUUGAUGUAAUUACUUAAGAAAAAUUGCUUUAACAAAAUAUAUUUGUUCUUCUGAUCACACCACAGAGCGCAAUCUGUUUUAUCAGUUCAAACUUUUUUUAAUGUACUGUAAAUGUAUACCUGUAUUUAAAGCCAAUUAUAUGUAUUAACCUGUAAAUUCAGCUAUAUAAUAUAGAUGUGCAUUUUUCAAGCUUGGAUAAGAGCAAAUGGAUUGCUGAAGAUUAAAAGAAAACUACUGGAACUGCUAAUUCAAGUUUUGUAUUGCUGUGAUAUAAAUGAUCACAGCACCCAGUUGAGUGUUUAAUUAGCUAAGUGUUUAAUCGUAUUACUAUUCCCUAUUCUUCCAGGUGUACCUUAUAUUAUAUGUUAAAGUCUUCUUUCUUGGUAUUUUCCCUGAUUCUGCAGACUUUGUGAAAAUGAGGGCACUGGAUCUGCUACUAACCCAAAUACAGAGGAGCUAAAAUAGGAAAGUAGUGUGUCCAAAAUAAGAAGCUGUCUAUAAAAUAACUGGUUGGAGGUUUCAUUCAAUUGGCCAUCUAAUUUUAUGUGGCAAUUGCUAAUAUUCUGGAAAAAUGUCAUUCCAGAUGUUGUAAAUAUAUGAAUCGUCUAUGAUGUCACCAUUCAAAAUAGCCUACAUGAAAUACUAAAAAACAAAUACAACCAAAGACACAGCCUGCUUGUUUUUUCAUUUUUUUUUCACAUGAUGACCAAGUACCACUUAAGAAUAUUACACAGAAAUAUGGUGCAAUUGGCACACGUGGAAAAAAAAAAUUAAUGAAUAGUGUGCAGACGUGGACAGAUGCAGCUGAAGUGUAAAGACAGUUCAUUUCUGCAUAAUCACCCACAAGUUUCCAUAUCUAAAUAUAUAUAACUUGUCUUGCACCCUUGUCCAUGAACAUGCAGAGUAGAAGCAAAGUAAAACUUCAGCCACUAUUCACAAAGAUUCGCUCAGGAGUUAUUUAAAGAGCUAUUGUUGUUACCUUGCUCCUCAAGACAGUGUUUUUUGUUUUGUUUUUUUUCCGCAAAGGCAAAUUAGCAAACUAAAUGCUUUUCUGGAUGCUCCAAGUGUAUGAUCUCUCUUUUGCCCUGUAGUUUGUUGUGUGGUUUUAUUUGUGAUAUUCUUUAAUAUUUGUGAAUAUGGCUCCUUGACCAUACACAACUAACUUCCACUGGGACAAUGUGAGAACUCGACAAAUCUAUUGAAGAGCCAAGAGGACACUGAUGGGGUAGAGAUAUUUUGUCAUACCAACAAGGUACUUUAAAGAAAGAAAUAGAAAAAAGACGUGAAA